AUGAUUACUGGACCUCUCAGCCGCCGCCUUCUGGCCCAGCAACCUCGCGUGCUCAGCCAGCGCCCUAUCGCCAGAGUCAUCAGCAGACCUUUGUCAUACACAUGCCAGCUCCAGGCACGCAAGGAUGCUCAGGACAAGGACUCGCUCAAGCCCGAGCCCAAUGAGUACAGCAAGAGCGGUUCUGACGACGAGGCUGCUCGCGUCGAGAAGACGGCCUUUGACCCCAACAAGACAUCGCCCGAGGAGCAGCACGACUCGGCUGGCAGCGAGUCUGCUGAGGUAAGCCUUCCACGUCUCUACCAAGCUAACCACUCGCAAGNNCUUGGACAGGCAUCAAACCCUUUGAACGUCAGCCCUGCAAACCAAGAAGUCAGCAAGCCCAGAUCGUCAACAGAGGNNGGAGGACACGAGGGCUCGGCCGCCUCAUCGAGUGACAGCCCUAGCGACAGAUCCAGAAGCAGCGGCAGUGGCAGCCCCAACAAAGGCAGUCAGGGUCAGAAGUACAGCUCAUAA